AUGAGUCGCCCGCUCCUUUCGCACCGGACGUCUUCAGAGUUCCAGGAACGCGACACUGCCGAGGAAGACGCUCUCCUGACCGGUCAACGUACUGCGCCUAGCGACUCACCAUGGAAGAGAUGGCGUGAGAUUGGACUGUUGGUAUGGGCGAUCGUAGCAACGGCGGGUGUUGUUGUGCUUGCCGUGGUCUACCAGAAGACAAGUGGAGGAUCGCCAUCAUACAACACGCCCAGCAACAGCCAUGGAAAGCGCAACCUUAUCUUCAUGGUGUCUGACGGCAUGGGACCCACGAGUCUGAGCUUGACGCGCAGCUUCAUGCAGUUCCAGAACGGCGCACCCUUCAGCGAGCAGCUCGUUAUCGACCAGCACAUGAUUGGCCAGUCGCGCACUCGAUCCUCGUCCAGUCUCAUCACCGACUCUGCCGCCGGCGCAACCGCCUUCUCGUGCGCACAGAAGAGCUACAAUGGCGCUAUCUCUGUCACGCCUGACCACGAGCCUUGCGGGACGGUGCUCGAAGCAGCCAAGAAGGCAGGAUACAUGACGGGUCUCGUCGUCACAACACGCAUCACCGAUGCUACACCGGCGUGCUUUGCGGCACACGUCAACAUGCGCCAGGAGGAGGACCGCAUUGCUGAACAGAUGGUGGGCGACUACCCUCUGGGCCGUGUUGUGGAUCUGAUGUUCGGUGGUGGUCGCUGCCACUUUGUCCCCAACACUACGGUCGAGCACUCCUGCAGAGCUGACGAUCGCGAUGUGGUGGACCUGGCGCGCAAGAACGGCUUCAACUACAUCUCAGACCGGGCUGGUUUCGAUGGCUUGAAAGGUGGCGCCAAGGUCGACUUUCCCAUGCUGGGUCUCUUCGCCGAUGGAGAUAUCCCGUACGAGAUCGACCGCCGCAACGAGAGCGACAAGUAUCCUUCGCUGCACGAGAUGGCUGAGGCUGCUAUGAAGGCCCUGAGCGAAGCCACGCGCGAUAGCGACAAGGGCUUCUUUUUGAUGAUUGAAGGCUCGAGAAUUGAUCAUGCCGGACAUCACAAUGAUCCUGCUGCUCAGGUCCACGAAGUGCUCGCCUACGACAAGGCCUUCACCAGUGUGCUCGACUUCAUCAAGAACGAGAAGACCGAAACAGUUAUGGUCUCCACCUCUGACCACGAAACUGGUGGCUUAGCAACCGCUCGCCAGCUCCAUACCACCUACCCCCCCUACGUAUGGUACCCCGCCCCUCUCGCCAAUGCAUCCCACUCCGCCGAGCGCCUCGCCAUCGAAUACGCAGCCUACCUCCUCUCCUCGCCCUCGCACGAGCAAAAGAAGAUCUUUGUUAUCAACAGCAUCACCGACGGCCUCGGCAUCCACGACUACACCGAAGAAGAAGUCGAAGCCAUCACCGACGCACCGCUCACCGCUCUGUACGCCUACGCCGACAUGAUCUCACGCCGCUCGCAAACGGGGUGGAGCACACACGGCCACUCUGCCGCCGACGUCAAUAUCUACUCGUCGGACCCGAAGAAGGCCGCAGCGCUGGUGGGCAAUCAUGAGAAUACUGAGGUGGGCGACUUCUUGAGGAACUACCUAGGUGUCGAUGUUGAGGCUGUGACAAAUGAGUUGAGGGAGAAGGGCAAGAAUUUGAAGGUGCUGGAUGCGAAUGGUACAGAGGUUGGUUGGAUGGGCAAGGUUCCGCACGAGGGCGAGAGGCUGGAUGGUCAAACGCAUCUUGCCGACUAUACUGGGGAUUUCAGGAAGAGGCAUUUGUUGCAUGGACAAAUGUGCGAUUGCGGGCAUUGA